AUGGAAGUUUCCUGCACUGAUUCCAGCCACCAUGGUACAUCACCGGCGCAAAAUAAGAGGGAACUGCUAGCUUCUUCAGCCAUGGCAGCGUCGGGCUGGAUUAAUGGGAAGGUCAAGGCCGUGCCUUCGGGCGACACCCUGGUCAUCAUGGGGAGGGCAAAGGCCGAGACGCUUCCACCGGAGAAGUCGAUCACCUUGUCGUCCAUCAUCGCUCCAAGGCUGGCAUUGCGUUAUGGGUCAGACGAGCCGUUCGCCUGGGAUAGUAGGGAAUUCCUGAGAAAGCUUUGCAUUGGACAGGAUGUUAAGUUCAAAGUAGAGUACAUAAUUCCUGCGUCAGGCCGGGAAUUUGGUAGGGUUUAUCUUGCUGGAGAUCAGAACAUUGCGAGCCUGGUUGUCGCCCAGGGGUUCGCCAAGGUAAAACAGCAACGUCAGAAGGGUGACACUAGUCCAUAUGUUACAGAGUUACUAAGAUUGGAGGAGAUUGCUAGAGACCAAGGUUUAGGUUGUUGGAGUAAGGAACCUGGUGCUGUGGAGGCUUCAGUAAGAAUUCUUCCAUCAUUAACCAUCGCAGAAGCCAACCCUUCUGGUACAAAGGGUUUUGUUGCUGAGAUGAAAGGGAAGGCUUUGCAGGCCAUUGUUGAGCAAGUGCGUGAUGGUAGCACUAUUCGUGUCUACUUGAUCCCUAGCUUUAGUUUUGUCCAGGUUUACGUUGCCGGUGUUCAGGCUCCAUCCAUGGGAAGACGGCUUCCAAGUGUGGUUGCUCAGAAAGAAGUAACUAACAAUGUUGAUGCCGAUGGGAAAGCAUCUCGAGACGCUCAAGAACCACCAAUAUUGGGGACAUUACAAAAGCCGGUAGCAUCUGCAGUUACUUAUUCUGAAAUUCCACCAGAUAGGUUUGGUAAGGAGGCAAAGCACUUCACUGAGACAAAAGUUCUCAAUAGAGAAGUGCGUAUUAUACUAGAGGGAACAGACAGUUUUGAUAACAUGUUUGCUUCAGUGUAUUAUUCUGAUGGAAAUACAGCUAAGGACUUAGCGCUUGAGCUUGCAGAAAAUGGAUUUGCAAAGUAUAUGGAAUGGAGCGCAAACAUGCUUGGAGCUGAGACCAAAAGAAAGCUUAAGAAUGCCGAACUUCAGGCUAAGAAGGAACAACUAAGGAUAUGGACGGGAUUUCAGCCACCUGUUACAAAUACAACAGCAAUACACAACCAGAAAUUCACAGGAAAAGUUAUAGAGGUGGUGAAUGGGUACUGUAUUAUUGUUGCUGAUGAUAUUUUACCUGGUGGAAGUCCUUCGGCAGAGCGGCGUGUAAAUCUUUCUAGCAUCAGACCUCCUAAAUUGGUUGAUUCUUUUGGAGAAAGCAAAACGAUUGAACAUUUUGCUUGUGCAGCCAAGGAAUUUUUGCGCACACGUCUAAUUGGCAAACAGGUUCAUGUAUCAAUGGAGUAUUCUAGGAGAAUCAACAUUUCAAAUAGACAAGUUGCUGCAAACAAAACCAACAUAGUUGAUGACAAAAUUUUGGAUUAUGGAUCUGUUUUUCUACCCCCGCAUGUUGGUAGCUCUGGCAACCUACUUGGAGCCAAUGUCGCCGAGCUCUUGCUUUCUCGAGGAUGUGCUGAUAUCACAAGACACCGGGACUACGAGGAGAGGUCGCACCACUAUGAUGCACUCUUGGCAGCCUAUUCACGUGCUGAAAAAGCAAAGAAAGGAUAUCAUGCUAAAAAGGAUUAUCCUGCAACUCAUAUGAAUGAUUUGACAACAGUACCUGCCAAGAAGGCGAGAGAUUUUUUCCACCUCUUGCAGCGAAAUAAGAGGCACUCUGCUGUUGUUGAGUAUAUUUUUAGUGGACAUCGCUUCAAACUAACAAUGCCUAAUGAGACAAGCACCAUUGCCUUUUCAUUCUCCUGUGUUCGGUGCCCCGGUAAAAAUGAGCCUUACUCAGAUGAUGCCAUUGCUCUAAUGAGGAGAACAAUACUUCAACGUGAUGUCGAGAUUGAGAUUGAAGCUGUGGAUAGGACUGGGACAUUCUUAGGUUCCUUAUGGGAGUCCAAGAACAAUAUGGCUUAUGUUCUUCUUCAAUCCGGCCUAGCCAAGCUUAGUUCUUUUGGACUUGACAGAAUCUCCGAAGCUCAAACUCUCAUAAGGGCGGAAAAGUAUGCACAACAAAAGAAAUUGAAGGUGUGGGAGAAUUACAAUGAAGCGGAAGUGAUUCCCCAAAGAUCGUUGGCUGGACAAAAUGGAAAAGAAACUUUCAAGGUUAUUGUAACUGAAGUCAUUGGUGGUGGAAUGUUCUAUGCCCAAAUAGUUGGCGACCGUCGCUUGGACAACAUUCGACAAGAGCUGGCUUCUAUGAAAUUUAAUGAUGCAUCAGACACUUUGAUUGCUGAAGAUUUCUCAUAUACUUUAUCAGAUACCUUGGAAGUUCAACCAGAGCAUACUCCAUCGGAUACUUCAGAAGUUGGAGUUGAGCCAAAGAAUCAUGUGGUUCCUCUUCGUUUUAAGUGGUCUAGUUUGUUUAAAGAUGAAGUAGAUACUUUGAAAGAUGAAAUUCCGCCAGUUGGUACUUCGGAAGCUGAAGAUUUGGCAGCUAAUGUUCCAUCUGAUGUUGUUCCAUUUAAUCCAACCAAGGGAGAUGUGGUGCUAGCCCAAUUCACUGUCGAUAAUUCUUGGAAAAGAGCCAUGAAUCGUAAAAGCUCAAACGUUAUUAGUUCUGAGAGUAUUAUAAAAUGA